UAUUAAUAUAAAACUUUGUUCAGAGGUAUAUACAAAAUAACGAGUUUUAUGAGGAAGGUGGGCCCAUGUUCGUAUUUAUAGGAGGUGAAUGGGGUAUUUCAACAGGCUGGGCUACGUCGGGAUUUUUUCUUGACAUAGCUCGUUCACAUAAUGGCGCUUUCUUCUACACAGAACACAGAUUUUAUGGUGACAGUUAUCCAAUAUACAACUGGGAGGUCGACGGUUUCAGAUACUUGUCUGCUGAUCAAGCAUUAGCAGACCUUGUGUAUUUUAUUGAAUACCAAAAGCAAAACACACCAGGACUUCGAAACAGUACGGUAGUAGUUGCUGGUUCAUCAUAUGCAGGAAGUUUAGCAGCAUGGGCAAGAAUAAAAUAUCCUCACAAAAUAGACAUUGCUUAUUCUUCUAGUGGUCCCUUACAUGCCAAAGCUGAUUUCCCAGAAUAUUUUGCUGCUGUAGAAGAAAAUCUACGCCUUGCAUCCCCCACUUGUCCGCAACUAAUCAGAAGAGCCAUGGCUGAUGCAAUACAAUUGCUAGAAACUCAAGAGGGAGCUGCCACUUUAUCGGAAUUAUUCAAUACAUGUGAGCCUCUAAAAGGUCCAGUAGAACCAGACAGAUCUUAUUUCCUUACCGGUCUUUCAUCACCAUUUGCGGAUGUAGCUCAAACUGCGGGUCCUGGCGAUUUGGUGGCCGAGUGUGAACGUCUGGAGAAUAACACAGGGACUGACUUAGAAAAAUUAGCUGAGUAUAUAAAACCACUACAAUAUUGCAUAUGGACUUACGAUUUAUUUAGAGAUUAUUAUUCUGAAACAUACGUCAUAGGAUCAAUGAGAACGCGUCAAUGGUUGUAUCAAACAUGUACUGAAUUUGGUUGGUAUCAAACACAAGCUUUUGGCGACACAUUUAAAGUGGAUCUGUUUUAUCAACUGUGCAGCGACGUUCUAGGAGAACAAUUUACUUCUUCCACACUUCAAGCUGGAGUUAAACGAACAAAUUUGUUUUACGGUAGCAUAAACCCGAAAGUAACACGACUUAUUACAUGCCAGGGUACAGCGGACCCGUGGCACACGGUGGGAUUACAGAACGAUUUAAAUGACCAUGCAAUUACAAUUAUUGUUAACGGCACUUCGCAUUCUGCCGACUUGUACUCUGUUAUGGAUUCAGAUCCCGUAGAGUUGAAACAGGCUAGAACCAGAAUUAUGGACACAAUAAGUGCCUGGAUAUCUGAAAUAGAAGGAGGCGUUAAAUCAACAACAAAAUAACUCCAAUAACGACUACAACAAUAAAUCCAUAUCAUGUCAAUAAUGAUAAUGAUCAAAUUCACGUAUUCAAUAAUUUAAUUCUAAAAAAAUAAAGUUUCUUUUGAGGCAUAAAA